UAUGGGUAAUUACCAACAUGGCUGAAGAAACAGGUGUUGUCUGCAUGAUUCUUGUACGGUUAAAUUGAUCCCCUAAAGCUCUGCGUGGAUAUGUUUAAAACCAAUGGGAGACAUCUUAGAAUGGCGAGGAGAUGCAUACCAAGUUCUUGCAUGUUGUGGAGUUUUCAUUUUACUUUCUUGGGUACUAACAAAAUUGUUAGGUCUGACUUGGAAGAGAGGAUUACGAGUGGGAGACCCUCAGAAGGGCCAUCGAUGGUUUAUGACAGAAAUACUUGACAAGCCCACGUAUUGUAACUUCUGCGAGCGUCCUCUUGUAAGAGGCGGUUAUUGUGAAAACUGUGGGAUCUCAGUUCACGAAGAAUGCAUCGACGGAGCAACCAAGAGAUUUGCUUGCAAAGUCCUCGUACUUUCGAAGAGAGAAUACAUGAACCACCAAUGGGUUCGUGGGAAUCUACCUCUAUGUAGCACUUGUAGUGUCUGCGGUUUUCAUUGUGGUACUGAACCGAGAUUAUGCGAUCUCAGAUGUGUAUGGUGUCAGGAUAAAACACAUGAUUACUGCCUUCGAAGCAAGUCAAAUAUGUGUGAUUUUGGAAAGUAUAAGACUAUGAUGUUACCUCCACAUUGCAUUAGUUUGACUGUGGAAAAUUGGAGAAGUAAAAAGAGAUUUGUGGUUCGAGAAGUCAGCACACCGCCCAUCAAAAAUUGGAGUCCACUGCUUGUGUUUGCUAAUCGUAAGAGUGGGGACAAUGAAGGUGAAAGAUUAUUAAUGGCGUUUAAAAAUCUUUUAAACCCAGUACAGGUAAGUGCGAGUGGUAUCAUUCAAGAAUUGGAAGUGAUCUCCAAACAGUUGAUAGAGAAAUGUAAUGAUUCAAAUUUUUCUCUUGAUUCAAUUUUUGUUUCCAUUUGAAUUUUUUUAUUUUUUCCCUGUAAUUGUUAAUUUCUCAUAAUUUGAAACAAAGGAAAUAAAAAUCAUAUCAGUUGGCAUAUAUUUUUUUUUAGCACCAAGCUAAAUGUCUGCACAUUUAGAGCUACAUGUCAACUUGACAGAAUCCUUGUUUAUGCCAUGCCAUAGCUUGUAUUUGGUGAUUUUCCAAUAAGGCAAUGCACUUAUAUAAGUUAAGAGGGAGAAUGUUCACUUUCUACGACAUGAAGCCACUAUGAGUUUUGCUACUACUCCAUGGAUACGAAGAUAGCUAAUUGCCAGGUAGCAAUUUGCUAGCAUUCAUUUAUGAUAAUGAUGCAUAAGCAGUCGCUUUUGACAGAACUCCUUUCUCUCUGGUGUCUACUAAUGAUCACCAGAGUGCUUUCUGUGAUGGCUGAUCAAGACUAUUGGAGGAUGGCAGACUCUUUCCUAACCUUUCAGUACAGAUGUUAGUCAGUGUUUGAACCUGCUCUGGAGUCUAACUUGCAAUCCAUUCUUCCAUCACAAGUCCCUUAUCAGCAAAUUUAAACAGCUGCUGAAUGUCUGCCUAACAGCGAAUGUUUGCCUAACAGCAAAUUUAAACAGCUGCUGAAUGUUUAAUGAUAUUUUCAGGUAGUAGACCUUCAUGAGGUUCCUCCUGAAUCUGCAUUAGAAUUUUGUAAGCUUCUGCCAAACCACAGAACUCGUAUACUGGUGUGUGGAGGGGAUGGCAGUGUUGGAUGGGUUCUUGGUGCUUUGGAUAAAGUCAAGUUAAAGGUCAGUCAGGUUAUGGUUGCACCAAUAACUGAAAAUAAUCAAUACAUGUUGUAGUCAAAGCUCUUCUAAGGGAUAAAACUAGGCACAGAGCUUUGUUUUCACAGUUUUAUCUUUAUGGUUUGAAGUAUUAUUUGUUAACUGUUCUCAAAAUUAUAGGGUGACAGGUAUGAAAUAUUUUAGUCAAUCUAUAUUAACCUCUUUGCUGUUUCUUAAGUUUGAUCUUUAGAUUGACUUGCACAGUAACUGGCUGUCUAUUGGUAGGCCAGUGGCCAGAUCUUAUUUACAACUCUGAAAAUGGUUUCUGCAUAUAUUAUCCAUUUUCAUAAAUUGCAGGCUUAUAUUGUACCACAUUUUUUUUGUGUUGAAUCAAUGAUUGAUGUAUACAGUAUUCUUUUGGUGCAGUCUUCAUGCACUAAUCUCUUCAUGCUGUGAACUUCUACUAAGCAACUUUAAUUUUCAUCACUCAAUACAUGUAAAUGAAUAACUGUGUUAACACAGAAUUUUGUCUACAUCAUGUGCCUGGACACCAAGUGCAACACAGGAGAAAAAUGAUAUUGAAUUGAAAAAGAAAACAAUGAAAAAAUUAAGAUUGUUAGCUAAAAAAACUUGCCAUGUACAAUUUUUUUUCAAGAAACUUAUACUCUAUUUUCUUUGUUACUAGGUGCCACCAUACAUUGGAAUUCUUCCUCUAGGUACUGGGAAUGACCUGGCACGAGUUCUGGGAUGGGGGAGUGGUUACACUGGUGAGGAAGAUGUUAAUGAAGUUUUGACAUCUGUAAUGACGGCUAAUGUCACUCCUUUGGACAGGUAUGGAAUACAAGGCAUGGAUGAGAGCAGCAUUAAUUAAGAAUUUUAAUUGUAAAUAUUGAUUUUUACCAACUAGACUUUUUUUUGUAUUCUAAUAUUCUACCCUUCUGUUUAUAGAUGGAAAAUAACUAUUGAGAGUAACCGACGGUACUUUGAUGUAAGGCGGCGUAAGAAGGUAAUACCAGAUUCUAAGCCAUUCAUAUGUAUCUCCUGAAUUUAUUCUGUGAAUGGUUCACUGUGUGCUCCUUUCAAGUCAGACAGUUUGUUAACUAAGUUUUAUUUUUAUUUGAAAAUUCAUUUUUAUCAUGUGUGGUUUGAGAGACAGUCCAUAUUGCACAAUGAGAAAUAUCGUGAGUCUUGGCUAUUUCCUUCCACUCUUUCAUUAGGUGUUUUGGAUGAAUAAUUACUUUUCUAUUGGCUGCGAUGCCAAAGUAGUUCUGAAUUUCCACCUUCAUCGUGAGAGUCAGCCAUCUUUGUUUACCAGUCGCAUUAUUAAUAAGGUAAAUACUGAUUUUUUUCCAGUUUUGUUUUCUUUUGUUUUACUCUAAGUUGGAUUGCACAGACUAAGCCUUACUGAACUCAUUACUACAUUGUUUUGGUUACUUGGCAUUAUACAGGUAUCUACUUUUUUUUUCUUUCUCUUCAGGCAGUGUAUGGAUUGUAUGGUGCCAGAGAUGUCCUCGAACAAGACUGCAAAAACCUACAUGAAGUUGUUGAGGUAUGAAAGGGACGAUUGUCUUGUAUUCAGACCAAAUCUAGCUCAGAUUGCAUUUACUUAAAGUUAAUACCAUGCCCUUUAACUUUUCAACAUUACUUAUUUUCAGCUGGAAAUGGAUGGAAGAAAAAUGGAACUGCCAGAGCUGGAGGGAAUUGUUUUUCUGAACAUUAACAGUUGGUGUGGAGGCUGUGAAUUGUGGGUUAAUGGUGAUGAGGAACACUCCUCACCACCAAGGUCAGUUUAUUGUAACUGCUCAAUAAAAUUGAACACCAUUUCUUUUAACAUGAAAUUCAACAUAAAAGUCCUGAGAGAUUUACAAAAUAAAAAAAAAUUCAAAACAAAAGUACUGCUAGUUGGGGUCACAGCUGUGACCUUUAAAAGGAGAGGUCAUCAGAAGGAACUUAAACAUUAAACUUUAGAAUGUUUUUAAAUAGGAAAAGAAAGAAAGUUAGAUGAGAGCAAAUUUUUGCCUCUGCAAAAGAACUUUGCCCCCUGAAAAUGGCAUUCAAAUGCUUACUGGUUUGAGUUAGUGUGAGGAGAUGAGUGACAAUUACAUAUGUUAGAAGCAGUACGCCUGGAGUCAUUUUGUACGAGACCUGUUGUUAGUAGUGACUUGUUACCAACUGUAUAACAUGAUCCAUUCCUUAUCCAUGAACAAUAUAAAUUUAAGAAAGCAACAAAGUACAGGUAACUGGUAAUUCUGUUUAUAGGAAAGAUCUAUUUUAUUCUUUUGGCAGCAUUAAUGAUGGAAUCCUGGAGGUAACAGGGCUUUAUUCCGCUCUUCACAUUGCAAGGUUACAAGUCAAUAUGGCUGAUCCACUACGGCUUGGUCAAGCACGAUCAAUAAAAGUAAGUACUGGAGACCAAAGGUUUUCUGUGCACCAGUCUUCUUUUGUUUGCUGAAUAUAAUCGAGGGAACAGUAACUCUGGUUAGAUGAUGUUACAAUAAUAUUUAUUUAUAUAAAACAAUAGUUUUAGUUGAUUUUAGAUUAAUCUGCCAAUUAAAAAUAAUGAAAUCCUUUUUAUCACUUCAUCUGGGAUGGUAUUCAUUGGAAUGUUACUGGUAGAGUGAAAAAUCAAGAAAUAAGGCACUACUUUAUGAUAAAAAACCAAAAACAUGAUGCCAGUGACUUCAACAUUAUUAUGUGGCAGUUGGGACUGUAAAGUAGAAUAUUAAUCCGACAAUUGGGAAGGUUAUAUUUUAAUUCUUUUACUCCAAGGACUGGUUAAAAUUUGACUUCUCUUGUGAAAAAAGGGAACUUAUGACUUAAGAUGGAAGGUUUUGUCGUGAUAUAAAUGAAUCAAUAAACUAAAUGAUCAGUUGUAUCCCAGUUUACAUUCUUUGAUCUCAGCCAGUGCAUUUUGAUCUCUUCUUGACAGCUUACACUGAAGGACACCAGGUCUCUCCCGGUUCAAGUAGAUGGGGAACCCUGGGAAGAAGGCCCGUGUGUGAUUACAAUUACUCAUCAUAACCAAGCCCUCAUGCUGGCAAAAGGAGAGAAACAGGACUUGAUAUUAUGAUUGACCUAAGUGCCUUCGCUAUGACGGUUGGAGCUGUAAGAAGAUAUGCAAGGCAUUACAGAACUCAGGAAAAGAAGAAAGAAUUCAACCUUUAUGAUACAGUUGGCUUAUAGCUUAUUAUACCCAGGAGUAUAGCGAGGAUAUUCCGGUUGGAAACUCUUACACCGGCGUCUUACAGUAGAAUAAAGAGCAUCUUUAUGAGGGGACGUCAGACAGGGGCAAGCGAGUCGUUGGUUGGGAUGUUCGAUUUUAUUUAACUUAUUUUUCGUUUUAAUUUGUAAAGAUAGUUUGUUUCCCGAACGUUCACGUAGUGCCCUAUUGUUGUUUUUGCUUCAGAAAUAUAAAUUUCCUUCAUUUUGAAGUCGUUUUCAUCAGCAAAUCCUUUACCGCCAUUGUAAAGCUUUCACACCCGUAGUUAAUGUAAACCUUUGAUGCAGACCUCUGGAAAAAUUGAUUUCUGUUCGAGUAAUCAAAACCGUGAAUUAAAAAUCCCUUUAUUAGCCUUGAGAGUCAGAGAGUUUAUUACUUCUUGAAUCUUAGCCCUGAAAAUUCUCCAUACAGUAUCUGUGCUGAAGGGUAAACAGAGGAAGAAAAUGUCCACCCGCUCAAGACUCUCUUGAUCGUUAAACAACUUCUCCUUGUCAAUACCACAAGAGGUGAAUAUUAGGGAGAAUAUGCCUACUGAUGUCCAAGUGUAACUUGGUGAUAACAUAGUGGUUAACAUGAUGAUUGUACGCUGUGUAAGAAAGUACAACUGUUAUUGACUGCAAGGAAGCAUUC